UCCAUAAAAAUCGUGAAUGGAAAAAGAGAGGAAUGAAACGACCGACACGCGGUUUGUCCUCCUCUUCUCUCCCUCUCUCGCUCUAGGGUUUCUGGAUCGGUAUUCUCUCGCUGAUCAUUCGCUGGCGUAAUCGGCAGCAGGUGCUGCCACGUAGUCCAUCGAUCCUCCCUCUGCUCCGGUAUCGAGGCGCUCCGUCGGAGGUUUGGUUAUGGAUGUCACUGCAAAGAUGGAGAGCCACUUAUCAUCAGCUGCAGCUUUCGUGGAAGGAGGCAUCCUGGAUUCUUGUGAUGAUGCUUGCAGCAUCUGUCUAGAAGCCUUCUGCGAAAGUGACCCUUCCACGGUUACUAGUUGCAAGCACGAAUACCAUCUACAAUGUAUUCUUGAAUGGUGCCAAAGAAGUUCUCAGUGUCCUAUGUGUUGGCAGACUAUUAUUUUGAAAGAUCCAACCAGCCAAGAACUACUAGAGGCUGUGGUGCGUGAAAGGAACAUAAGACUUGAUAAUGCACGAACUACCACCAUUUUCCAUCAUCCAGCACUUGGUGAUUUUGAGGUGCAGCAUUUGCCCAUUGGUGGCAAUGAUGCUGAACUAGAAGAGCGUAUCAUUCAACAUUUGGCCGCAGCUGCUGCCAUGGGAAGAGCACAUCACAUUACCAGAAGAGAAGGACGAGUUAGAUCAGGAUCUCAUAGCCGUCCACAAUAUCUAGUUUUCUCUACAAAUUCAAAUGUUCCAUCUGUGGGUUCUGUGCCUGCUUCCUCUCCUUUAGGUGGGGAUAAUGAAUCGUCUUCCACUUCAAUCACUGCUGCUAAUACAUCAGCUCCAAAUAGUAGUCCAGGAGGGGAAUCUGAUCAGGUAAUCAAUGAUCUUCCAAGUCAGGUUACUCAGGUUCCAUUUUUGACAUCUGAGGCCGGAAGUUCUCCAAGCAGACCUAUAAUUUCAAGUCCCAGGGCACCUACUGGGCAUUUUUCUCAUGUUAAUCACGAAAGACCAGGGCCUUCUGAGUUGCAAUCCUUCCCAGAAACUUUGAAAUCUCGCUUUAAUGCGGUCUCAAUGAGGUAUAAGGAAUCUAUAGCAAAAAGUACUCGAGGAUGGAGAGAGCGGCUAUUUUCACGAAAUAGUUCUGUAGCAGAUAUUGGUUCUGAAGUCAGAAGAGAAGUCAAUGCUGGAAUUGCUACUGUAUCACGAAUGAUGGAGCGCUUGGACACAAGAGAAAGUAGAAGAACUUCAAGUUCUUCUCCUUCACCUAGUGUUGAAGUACAUGCGAUUGUGGAUCCGAAUAAUGAGGAUGUUACUACCAAUCAAGCUGACACUCUUGUGAAUAGUGGCACUUCAUCAACAUCUGAUGUGGCAACUUCAGCUCCUAACUAAGGUGUUAUUAGUGGUUCAUCAAAAUUGAACUCUGGCGUAUAUGGUCUUCUCUACCAGAGUGAAUUCUACAAACAAGCAAGAUGCUAAAAGUGGAGGUUACAAAUCCGAGGCUUGAGAAGUUUUUUUUUUAUGGAUUUAAUUUUUUUGCUUUCAUCUGUAUAAAGUUAUUCAUAGAGAAACUCUAAACAAUAAUUAGGGAUGCAUUACUCUAGUACAAGGUUAUGAUCCUCCAAUGCCUACAAAUGCUGAAUUGAAUGACCAACUUUCUGGAUUCAGUCAUUCAAAUGCAGAGUGAAAACAACAUGUUUGUGGUA